CUCUCUCUGUUGUGAGUGAAGACCAAGUCCUCUACGAGUCAUCUUAUGCUGCAUCUCAGCUAAUGAAGACAGAGAUUGACGCGGGCGAUUUCACUCAGAGUGGGAAGGGGAGCCCAGAGAUGGCGGAACAGGAUUGGAGCUGCCAAACGCCACGAGUAAUGGUGAAACGGGAAGCGGAGCAAGUGAAUGGCACAAGGGAGUCGCCGGUAGACUGCAGCGUUGUAAGACGGACUAAGAUAAUGAGCAGCGCGGAGCCACCUGAAGCAGCCUAUCCCACAGGGUACAGCGACCAGAGAGACAGCUCCACCAGCAACGAGAAACGGGUCAUUGUCCCAGCCGACCCAUCUGUGUGGAGUCAUGACCACGUGAGGCAGUGGCUUGACUGGGCAGUGAAAGAGUACGCCCUCUCUGAUAUCGACAGCAACCUCUUCCAGAAUAUUGAUGGAAAGGACCUCUGCAAGAUGGCCAAAGAAGACAUGAUGCGUCUCACCAACACCUACAACGCCGAGAUUUUACUCUCACAUCUCAAUUAUCUCCGAGAAAACAGCCCGACCUUCAGUUACCCCAACAGCAGCCCACACAGUCAGCAGCCCCCCCGGGCUCCCAUCAAAACAGAAGUUUCUUACGAGGAGGUGCGCAGGAACAGUUGGUCGGGCUGUGGGAGCACUGUGCAGAAAGGUCCAUCUCCGGCGUCGGUGGUUCCGGGCAGGAUCAGUGAGCAGCCGCGGUUACACCCAGGCAGUGGACAGAUCCAACUGUGGCAGUUCCUGUUGGAGUUACUGUCGGACAGUGCUAACUCCAGCUGUAUCACCUGGGAGGGCACCAACGGGGAGUUUAAGAUGACUGACCCAGACGAAGUGGCCCGCCGCUGGGGAGAGAGGAAAAGCAAGCCCAACAUGAAUUACGACAAACUGAGCCGGGCGCUCCGGUAUUAUUACGACAAGAACAUCAUGACCAAGGUCCACGGGAAGCGCUACGCUUACAAGUUUGACUUCCAGGGGAUCGCUCAGGCUCACCAACAUCACCCACCGGAGUCGUCUAUCUACAAGUACCAGGCCGAGAUACCCUACAUGCCAACGUACCACACCCACCAGCAGAAGAUGAACUUUGUGCCCUCUCACCCGUCUGCCAUCCCUGGAUCCUCCACCAGCUUCUUCACCAGCACCAACCCCUACUGGAGCACGGCCCCUACCACCAUGUACCCCAGCCCCAGUGUACCCCGGCACCCUGCCACCCACAUCCCCUCUCACAUCGGCUCCUUCUACUGACGGGCACAGGUCCGUCAGCCCCCUCCCUCCCUCCCCCUGCACCCCCCCCCCCCCCCCCCCCCCGUGACAGAGAGAGCCCCCUUCAGGAGUGUGUGUGUGAGGGGGUGUGUGAGGGGGGGUGUGAGGGGGUGUCGAUCAGGAAUAUGAUACCGCUGCUAAAACAGACCAUCACCUGCAACGCAUGGACACUUGAAUGUGCAUCACCGACCCGACCCAGCUCCCCCCCGACCCCCACCCCCACCCCCACCCCCACCCCACUGCCUUCCCUCACCCCCACUGCCUUCCCUCACACCCCUCACCGCCUUCCCUCACCCCCCACCCCCACCCCACUGCCUUCCCUCACACCCCUCACAGCCUUCCCUCACACCCCACUGCCUUCCCUCACCCCACUGCCUUCCCUCACACCCCACUGCCUUCCCUCACCCCACUGCCUUCCCUCACACCCCACCCACACCCCACUGCCUUCCCUCACACCCCACUGCCUUCCCCCCCACCCCCACCACCACCCCCACCCCACUGCCUUCCCUCACACCCCUCACCGCCUUCCCUCCCCCCCUCUGCCUUCCCUCACACCCCACCCCCACCCCACUGCCUUCCCUCACACCCCACUGCCUUCCCUCACCCCACUGCCUUCCCUCACCCCACUGCCUUCCCUCACCCCACUGCCUUCCCCCCCCACCCCACCCCCACCCCACUGCCUUCCCUCACACCCCUCACCGCCUUCCCUCACACCCCACUGCCUUCCCCCCCACCCCCCCCACCCCACUGCCUUCCCCCCCCACCCCCCCACCCCACUGCCUUCCCUCACCCCACUGCCUUCCCC